GCCUGAAAUGAUCGAGCGUCGUGAUCCAUGUCUGACUAGAAAAAUCAUAAAUCAUCAUCGGAAUUUCCAAGUUUUCAGAAAAAAAAGGCGAAUGAAAGUUUAGUUUCCUCACGAGUGUUUACAUCGAGAUAUCUUUAUCAGCGAUAUUUAUAUAUACUUUGUAGUGUCGCAUCGUGUAUAACACGUGAACAUGUAUCGGUAAAAAGGUAUGGCUACAUGUUUACGUUGUGUACCAAAACAUCGAUGACCUUGAAGGUGGGAUAGUCACGUGAUCUUGUUAUGAGGAAACGAUUGGUCGAGAAACCGAGACGAAUAUAGUGUCUAUUGCGUUGUGCAUGCUCCGCGUAAUAGGUCCUGUAUUCUGCAUCCGAUAGGCCAAAGGCAAAGCGCGGCAAGGAGCGGUCGAGUGAGCGACUGAGUGAGCGAAAGGAAGAGAAGAAAAGAGAAAAAGUGAGGGUGAGAAAGCGGUAGAAUCAUUGGAACGAAAUAGAGAGGGAGAGAGAGAAGCGCGAGAGACAACAAGAGCAAACGAGGACGAGGUGGUGAAGAGGAAGAGGUGGCGAGAAGAGAGAACAAUUAAAGGCUAAGACGCGCGACGGCAACGGCGACGAAGACAACAACGACAACGACGACGACAAACGGACGAACGACGAACGCAACGAGGACAACAACGACGACGACGACGACGACAACGACGACGACGACGACGACGACGACGCGACGACAACGAAGAAGAAGAAGACGGAGUGUGCCGCCGUUCGCUCGUACGUCCGUGUGUGUGCGCGCGCGUUGGUCGCUAGUGUUGUGUCCAAGAUGAAGUCCGACUCUAAACCUUUGUUGACAGCUCAAGCGGAAAAGGCGAAUCAUUACACAUACUUGAAGGAAUUUCGCGUCGAACAAUGUCCCCUCUUUAUACAGCGCAAAUGUACACAGCACCGUCCCUUCACGUGCUUCAACUGGCACUUUAUGAACCAGCGGAGGCGCAGACCGGUGAGAAAGAGGGACCGCACCUUCAACUAUAGUGCUGAUAAUUAUUGUACCAAGUACGACGAGACCACCGGUAUAUGCCCGGACGGAGAUGAGUGCCCAUUUUUACAUCGUACUGCUGGCGACACUGAGAGACGUUACCAUCUGCGUUAUUACAAAACAUGCAUGUGUGUUCAUGAUACGGACACACGUGGGUUUUGUGUUAAAAAUGGACCUCACUGUGCCUUUGCGCAUGGCAAUCAUGAUCUACGACCACCUGUGUAUGAUAUCAAAGAAAUACAGGCAUUGGAAAAUCCAGAUACAGAUCCUAAUUCUUCGUCCAAUGGUCCAAACAUCCUUGAUAAGGAACGAAACUUGAUGAAUGAAGAUCCAAAAUGGCAGGACACGAAUUAUGUACUUAGUAAUUAUAAAACAGAACCGUGUAAACGACCUCCAAGACUUUGUCGUCAAGGCUAUGCUUGUCCACAAUACCAUAACAGUAAGGAUAAAAGACGUAGUCCACGAAAAUACAAAUAUAGAUCAACGCCAUGUCCAAAUGUAAAGCAUGGAGAAGAAUGGGGUGAACCAGGAAACUGUGAACAAGGAGAUGCCUGCACAUAUUGUCAUACCCGUACAGAGCAACAAUUCCAUCCUGAAAUUUACAAAUCAACUAAAUGCAAUGAUGUACAACAGGCUGGUUAUUGUCCACGUGGAGUCUUCUGUGCAUUUGCGCAUGUUGACCGUGAGUGUACCCUCAUCAAUCUAUUGCCAACAGAAGAAAUGAGUCUGGCGAGGGACAUGGCGGUACCUAUAGAUUGCGGCACAAAUUUAGCAGAUAUACUCAAUAAUGCUUUACCACCUGAUAAGCGCAGUCAUGACAAGGAUAAACCUCUUAGCGAUAGCAGUAACGGAAGUGGUGAAGUAUCUGAAUCUGCGAGUACUAGUAGUCUUGGUAGUAAUAGUUCACAUAGUAAAGCUCCUGGUGCUCAACUUCAUAAUUCCAGUUCUAACAAUGCUGUGAAUGUUUCUGCCCAACAGAAACUUACUAGUAUACUUUACAAUCCUAGUUCUCUUUUACAAGCUGGUGAAAUAAGAAAACAAAUGGUGGCUAUAGAUAGUGAUCCAUUAUUAACAAAAGCAGAAAAGGCUCAACAAAAGCAAAGUCUGUUUAUCACCUAUAAUUUAAAUGGAACCUUAGGAAGUCAUUCAUUGGCAACAACUGUAUCACCAUUAUCCAAUUCAUUUUAUCCAAACGACACUGUUGAAUCUGUAGUAGGAAACGCAUUAGAUGAAUUACAUUUAGACGAUCCACUAAAUUUAGUAGAAUCAAUUCAUAGGGAUACUAAUUCACCAAUUAGUAAUUCUAUAUCAGCGGGUUUAGCAAGUUCAGGAUUACUUGGUAGUUCAGCUCCAGUAAAUAUCCCUGGGAUGACAGAACGAUCUGUUCUGACAAAUUUUUCUCCAUCUACUUCAAGUCCCCUUCAGCAAUUACAAUCAGCCGGUUUUCUUACUGGACACAGAUUUUCACAUCAAGAUUCCAUAGAAUCGACAAUGCCAUUUAUGAAUCAAGUUUCAGACCCAUUUAGCAAUCACAUUUCUCAACUUAGUAGUUCAGCUUCUAAGCUUAGUGGAUUUAAUAGUAGCCUAUUUGACUUUGCAAGCCAAGGAAUGUCACCAUCUCGUACGCAACCUCUCCCAGCAUCUCCACUGGUUAGUGCAUUCUCCAUUAGUCCAAGUAACACAGGAUCUUUAUCCGAGGUGCAAAGACUCAGAGAAGAAUUGACUUCAAGUCGUGCUCAAUUGGCAACGUGGGAUGAACGAAUCAAUCAAGCUAGGGCAGCUUGUGCAGCAUGGCAAUUAGAAAGUGAAGAAGCUAAAAGAAAAGCAAGUAUUGCUGAACAACAAAGAGAUGAGGCUUUAUUACAAGUAAAAGCACUACGUGUUGAAAAUGAAGCAGCUAGUGGAGGCCCAUAUUUGCAUACGUUAAGAAGAACAAGCGAACUCAGAUCACUUUCAAUCGCAACAUUAAAAUCAAUUCAAUCGCAACUUCGUUCGGAUCUUGAAGAAAUAGAAAAGGUGCUGUACAGAGAAACGGCAGCAAAAUGCAUGGUUUGUGAAGAACAAAAUCGCACUGUCACUCUCUCGCCCUGUAAUCACUACGUGGUCUGUUCAACGUGCGCUCCAAAUCAGCGUGAGUGCCCGUAUUGCCAGACUCCGGUUGUCUCUACAAGUUAGGUCCGAAAUUUUCAUUGGAAUCCUAUUGUUAAUAUUUGCACUUUUUGCUUUUAAAAGGUAUUUCUUCAGAAUACCUUAAUAGUAUAUCAAAAUUUAAUACUCCAAUAUCAUGGAUAUGGAUACAAUACAAAAGCAAAUACAUGCUUUACACUGUUAAUAAUACAUACAUGAAAACUAUAAUAUCACAGUAAUAAUUGACACAACGUAAAUAGUUUUUUUAUCUUACCAAAGUACGUUGAUAUUGCAUGCACAAAAUGUUCCAUGUACAAUAUAUGCAUGAGAACUGUAGUUACAUGAUAUAUUUUUUAAACUAUGACAUUAACAGUAUACUUUUCUUUUAAUAUUACAUCUUCUUUAAAAGAUAUAGAAAUUUUUUCAUUCAGGAGACAGUCCAAUAUAUAUUAUACUAGCAGUGUGCUAGAUGUAGUUGAGAUUUGUAACACAAGUAUAUGUAAUAGUUACAGAACAUUUAAUAUUGAAACAUUGUAAUCACGAUAAUGGACAAAGAUUUGGGACCCUAAAAAUAUAUAUUUGUUUAAAAAAAUAAUAUAAAUAAGCGCAACAAAUAUAUCCCAUUUAGGAUAUCAAUGAAAGGAUUCUUUUCUUAAUGCUGAGCUGUUAUACGUAUGUCGUACAAAAUAAUACUUCUAUUGUAUUUUAAAAUAUGUAUUUAGGGUUUUUCAAUUGACCUGUACUGAUUAUAAUAUUACAAGUAUUAACAAAUUUUAUAUUUUUGGUUGAGGAAGUAUCAAUGAUAAAUGUUAUAUUAGAGUCAUGUAAUACGUAGAUUUUUACAUAUAGCAAAUAAUACAAUUUCUUACAAGAAUAAAAAAUGUAAAAACGGGGCUUUAAAUAUUCGUCUAAAAAAGUACAAGUUAUAAAUGUUUUGCUAUAUUAAAUAUAUCAAUAUUCUUAUUUAACAAGGUUUAAUAACCAUUACUUUCUUUAUUCUUUUUGUCUUCAUAUAAUUUAUAUAUAAUAAAAAAUUACAUUUUAUGAAGAAAUUUUCUAUUUUGGAUACAUUAAAAAAUAGUAAUCUAAUUUUGUAUGAAUGCGCUUUUUUCAUUCAAUUAUGAUAAAAUAUAGUAUAGCAUGUUAUGUUUCAUGCUUUAUCUACGAAAAACGAUAUUUAAAUAGAUAUAUUUAACGUAAUAGUAGUGCGCUCAUUACGAAGAUUGUUAUCACAUUAUUAGUAUAAAGUAGUUAUAAAAAGAAUCAUCUUCUGGUAUGAUUACACUACAAAUAAUGAUUACACUACCAAUAUUCAUUGAACUCAAUUUUGUGUUAUACAUUUUACAUUCUAGCUAUAAGAAUAUUAGGAUAAUACUUAGGAUUUUCCAAUUUAAUCAAAAAUAAUUAAUAUUUAUAAUAGAGAGAGAACAAGUAAAUUGUGACGUACGUGUGACAGCUUAUUGGCAUGAGGUUAAUAAGCAUGCCAACUAGUUUCUCUGUAUAGGACGUGUAAUGCACGUCUACUUACCGGCUCUAUGAACUAUUUCAUUUUUAACGAUCCAGUUGUUAAUCCUCAUGGAAAAUAACUAUACAUUCGUGAUGAAAAAUAAAUUUUGCCUAAGAUAUAUAAAUGACUAGAGUAGAUAGGAUGACAUUAUAAAAUUUUUUCUUCGUAGAUAUAAAAUGUAAUAAUCAAUUUUAAAGACUAUUAUUAUUUAAAGAUUACAAGGUUAUUAUAAAAUAAUUUUAAAUGUAUAAUACCAAUACUAAAAAUUGCACGUUUAAAAGAAUUUUUUUCUUUUUAUUCUCAGCUCGGAUUUUUAUUUUUUAUAGUCAUUAAUUACUCCUUCAUUGCAAAUCAGUACUUUGAUAUUAUUAUAUACCGUUAUUAAUUAAAAUUGAAAAGGGUAUUAUAAUGAAUUUUACUUAAUUAUUUAAUUAUUUAACUUUCAUAAUCAAAUCAAUUGUUGUUUCUUUUCUUCAAUUACAUUCAUAGUUUAGUAUCGAAAAGUGAGGCCAAAAAGAAAUAAAUGUUUUUAUUAGGUGCGUUUUUAUUGCAGAUUAUUGAUAUUCAGAUAUUAUAGGUGUUAUAAAAAUACAAUUUUCUUCUAUGGUAUAAACGGUCUAAAAGUAGUAUUUAAAAAUUAUGAGGGAGUGAAAAAAAUCAAAUAUUUUUUUAUUAACAAAAAUCGCAUUUAUAUGAGAUUAAAAAAUGACAGAAAAAAAUUUACUUAAAAAUAUAAUAGAUAUUUUUUCUAUAGUGGCUAAUGUUUAGUUUUUUUGGACCGUAUAUACCAUGACAUUAUUUGCAAAACACCAUUUGCGAUUCAAUCAAUUUAGCACUAUAAUAAUGCAUUUUCAUUGCGUUUACUUAGUGCAUUCUUUAUAAGUACAAUAAUUUCAAAAUGUAAAAAGUUAUAAUUCAUAUAUUUAUAAUAUAAAGGUUUUGAUUUUUUUAAAUCAAUAUUAGCAUUAUUAAUGUUAUGUAAUUGCAUAUACAUGUGAAAUAUACGUAUAACUGUUAACUUAGAAUAAAUAUCGGAAGAACAGACAAAUUAUUUAUAGAGUACUUAUAAAGAAUGCUAAUCGUCAGCUUUUCGUGAUCGGAACGUUUUCUUCAAGGUUUUUAUGUUUAAGAUAUUGCACCAUUUUCAUGCAAAAUAUUUAAAGAAUUUGCAGCAUUACAAAAGUAUAUAAUAAAUAUAAAUAUAUCACUUUAUUUUGCAUUUUAUAAGGAAAAUUACGGUCGCGUCAAGUUGAAAAUUCUAGGAAAAUUAUUCCUGAAUACAUUUAUGAAUAUAAUAAACAAUUACAAUAUAUACUAUUUUACUUAUAACAAUAAUAUGAAUAAAAUAUAAUUAAUAAAAGCAUAAAUUAUAUUAUGAAAACAACAAAUUUAGCUACAAAAUAGGAUAAUAGGAAAGUAACAAAAUGAAUGAGUAGCUGAUAUUGUGUAUUAAGAAAAACAGUUGAAUAUUUAUAUAUAUACUACUGUCCCGUUUGUUGGUUUCAGUAAUCUUCAAUUUUUCUUGCCUUGUAUAUAUCAGAUUAUAAAAAAAAAAAAAAACCACCAAUAAUAUCAUAUAAAAUGCAGUUAAAUUAUAUAAUUUACAAAAUUCUGAUAAAUCGUAAUUUUUGUAUUUCACAUCUUACAUAAUAUAAUAAUACAAUUUUUAAGAUAUAGAAGUAUAUAUACUAUUUGUACUCAAAAGCUGCAUUUUUCUUUUUAUUUUUAUUUUUAUUUUCUUUUUCUUUCCAUAUAUACAGAUACAAAAUAUUUGAAAAUUAUAUUGUAAUUUCUAUCGUAUUUAUCUAUCACAGUAAUUCUUACUAUUGAAAAUAUAAUAUCUAUUUAAUGCUGGUUUAUUUUCUAAGCUUUAUGUACGCUAAAAAUAUGCGUAUGUGACACAAUAAGUGGCAUUUCAUGAACAAUCUAUUUUUACGUGUGUGUGAUGUAAAAAUACAGUGCACAAUUAAUUCAUUCUUCAAAUUUUCAGCUGCAUUUAAACUUUGAAAUAUGUCAUUUUUGAUAAAAUAUCAUAUAAAUUACUAUCUUUAUACAUUUCUUAUAUAUUGCACAAAAAAAAAACCAACAAUAGGGCAGACAAAAUUAAACAAUAUAUUUUUGACAAAAUACAAUAAUGCAAAUGCAAACGUUACAUACUCUGUUUUGUGCGAAUGAUUCUUCUACUGUUUUAAAAAAAAAUUGGAACAGAACAAUAUUGUGAUAUUUAUUUAUGAACUAGUUGGACAUUUAUAAAUUGCCUGUUAUUUCAUGUGCAAGACGUGUUUAAUAGAAAAGCAGAUGGUUUUUUAACAUAGAGGAAGAAUUAUCUGCACACUCCAGAUAAAAAAAAUACAUAAUCACUAGAAUAUUGUAUAAUAAUAAAUUCUGUAAAAUAGUAGUAUGGAAUACUUAAAAAAGAAAUUUGAUGAUCAAAUUUACCGAAUUUAUGUUAUGUGUAACUAAAAACUACUUGCUAUAAAUUUGUAGCAUUUUUAUUUGCUUGUAAUUUUGAUAUUAAACUAUCAUAUUACCUACCAUGUAACAAUAUUAAUCUGAGAUUAGGCAUAUUUAUUUGCAAAUUCAUUGUGUCCAAUGUUUAUAGAAUUAUUGAAUAUUUAUUUUAUAAUGAAGCAGACAGCAACACAUUCAUGAUUUAAUGUAAAAUGUUUUUUAUUAUGUUUACUGUGUUAUGUGUAUCUGAAAAUUUAUAUUUCUGUCUACCGAGAUAUCACAAAAUUGCUUAGGUAGGGAAUGAUAAUAUUUGUCAUUUCUACGUUUUUCUUAAAAUAUAAAGAAAUUGUAUGUAUUAAGUAUAAUUCAUGUCAAUAGCUAUUUACAUAAUUAAUAUCUAAGCAUUUUUCUGUGAAAUACGAGGUAACAAAUGGCUGUAUUACUGUGAUUAUAUAAUAAUCCUUUGCCUGCAAUUAAACUCAUUCAAUCAGUAUGUUGACAUUUGUGCAAAAUUCAGUGUAUUGUCACGAUAUAUAAACAGACAAAAUUUUUCAAUGUUAUGUACACCAAUUUAAUUUCAUAAUGAUAUGUAUUUUGUAAUUAUUUUCAAAUUAUAUCUAAAAUAUAUCUCUAUAAGAUGUUCCUUUAGAAAUUGGUAAUAUUAAUAUUAAUGAUAGUAUAAAUUAGUUAUAUCAUUUUUUUAUUUUAAUACGGAAAUUGCUUGAAUUUGUGUAACUUUUCAUUUUUAUUCAUUUGCAUAACAUUUUUAUGUAUAAAUUUUAAUUAAUUGACAUAAUAAUACAUUAAUUUUAUAUCAUUUUAAUAAAUUUUAAAGGACUAAUAAAAAUGAUCACAAUAGCAACAAUAUUCUAUUCUUGUAUAUCUUAAUUUAUGUAAAUGUGUGCUGUUAUUAAUCGCUUAGUUCUAUUUAAUUUUGAUGUUAAUUUUUAAAAUUAAUUUGCAAAGCAUCACAGUCAUUUGCAUCCUCAUAUUUUCUCCAAUAAAAUUGGUGUUUAGUAAUAAUUAGUAAAUAACAAAUUAAAAAUUCUUUUUAUUGAAAUUUUAAUUACAACACAAUAUACUUUUUUUGAUAAUAGAUCCGAAUGAAAUAAGCAAAUAAGCAAAUAAAAUAUUAAUGCCGUGCACGAAAAAAUAAACUGUAAACGGUGCCAUUAUGUGUGAGCAGGUUUUUGAAAGUAAUAAUAAAGUUACAUUUUGCGUGAAA